GGCGCGCUCUCCGGCCCUGGGGCCGCGGGGCCCGCGGCGGGCGGCUGCCCCGGGAGAGGCCCGUGCCCGCGCGACGGAGACCCCUGGCCGCCGUGCACCUGCAAGCCGUCGUACCUGCCCAUGAGUCUCUGAGAACAUCAUAAUGUCCCUUUGUGCCUCUUCUCACAAAGAGUUUCCUCAGCUGUUGCCUAUUCAAGACAUGGAUAUCAAAAACUCUCCAUCUAGCCUUAACUCUCCUGCUUCCUACAACUGCAGUCAAUCUGUCCUACCCCUGGAGCACGGCCCCAUAUAUAUACCCUCCUCCUACGUAGAGAGCCGCCAUGAAUAUUCCGCCGUGACCUUCUAUAGCCCUGCUGUGAUGAAUUACAGUAUUCCCAGCAGUGCCAAUAACUCAGAAGGUGGACCCAGUCGGCAGACCACGAGCCCAAAUGUGUUGUGGCCAACUCCCGGACACCUCUCUCCCUUAGCCAUCCAUUGCCAGUCGUCACUUCUGUAUGCAGAACCUCAAAAGAGUCCUUGGUGUGAAGCAAGAUCACUAGAACCCACCUUACCUGUAAACAGAGAGACACUGAAAAGGAAAGUUAGUGGGAGCAGUUGUGCCAGCCCCGUUACUAGUCCAAGUUCAAAGAGGGAUGCCCACUUCUGUGCGGUCUGCAGCGAUUACGCAUCUGGAUAUCACUAUGGAGUCUGGUCGUGUGAAGGAUGUAAGGCCUUUUUUAAAAGAAGCAUUCAAGGACAUAAUGAUUACAUAUGCCCAGCUACAAAUCAGUGUACAAUAGAUAAGAAUCGACGCAAGAGCUGCCAGGCCUGCCGACUUCGGAAGUGCUAUGAAGUGGGAAUGGUGAAGUGUGGCUCCCGGAGAGAAAGGUGUGGGUACCGUGUUAUGCGAAGGCAGAAGAGUUCCGAUGAGCAGCUGCACUCCCUGAGCAAAGCCAAGAAAAAUGGUGGCCAUGUGACCCGAGUGAAGGAGCUGCUGCUGAGCGCCCUGAGCCCGGAGCAGCUGGUGCUCACGCUCCUGGAGGCUGAGCCGCCCCACGUGCUUGUGAGCCGCCCCAGCACGCCCUUCACCGAGGCCUCCAUGAUGAUGUCCCUGACCAAGCUGGCCGACAAGGAACUUGUGCAUAUGAUUGGCUGGGCCAAGAAAAUUCCAGGCUUUGUGGAGCUCAGCCUCUACGACCAAGUGCGCCUCCUGGAGAGCUGCUGGAUGGAGGUGCUAAUGGUGGGCCUCAUGUGGCGCUCCAUUGACCACCCGGGCAAGCUCAUCUUUGCUCCAGACCUCGUUCUGGACAGGGAUGAGGGGAAAUGCGUAGAAGGAAUUCUGGAAAUCUUCGACAUGCUCUUGGCAACAACUUCAAGGUUUCGUGAGUUAAAACUCCAACACAAAGAGUAUCUCUGUGUCAAGGCCAUGGUCCUCCUCAACUCCAGUAUGUACCCUCUGGCUGCCGCGGCGCAGGAGGCGGAGAGCAGCCGGAAGCUGAGCCACUUGCUCAACGCGGUGACCGACGCGCUGGUCUGGGUGAUCGCCAAGAGCGGGAUUCCGUCCCAGCAGCAGCCCGUGCGCCUGGCCAACCUCCUGAUGCUCCUCUCCCACGUGAGACACGCCAGUAACAAGGGCAUGGAACACCUGCUCAACAUGAAGUGCAAAAAUGUGGUCCCAGUCUACGACUUGCUGCUGGAGAUGCUGAACGCGCACACGCUCCGCGGGCACAAGUCCUCAGUCACUGGGUCCGAGUGCUGCCCAGCAGAGGAGAGUAAGAGCAAGGAGGGCUCCCAGAAGACCACAUCUCAGUGAUGCCCAGUCUGAGGCGAACAGGCCUUAGAGGAGGCCAAAGGCUGACGUGUGAACCACGGUGCGAACCAUGAGCUCCGUCCGGAAGUGGGGAGCCUUCGUCGUCUUUCCCAUGAGUGCUGCCUCAUGUGGUUAUGGCAGGUGCAGUUGUGUCAGGUCCUUCACCUGGCCUCCCCUCUUCCUAGGAGUCAGGGUGAGAAAGCCAGUGUUCUGUGGUGGCAGGGGGCAUGUUUGAAGGCAGACUUUACAUCUUGCUUGGCCUCAUAGGAUCUCAGUGUGGUCCCUUUUGUACUUUCCAUGUCCGUCCCACCGCUCUGGAAAACAUCUGAAAGGUUUUGGAAUGAAUGGUGGAGAUCUGAUGCGGAAGGUCUGUAAUGUGGAGAGGGGAGAGGAUGGGGCAUUUAUAGGAAGUGGACUAACCUUUACUGUGUCACCUAGCCUGCCCUUACGUAGACCUUUGUUUGCUCUCUUCACGGCCACUUGAUUGUAGGAUUGCAGACCAUGACAACGAACUGGUUCCACACACCUACCUCACACGCCUGUGAGGAUUGAAGUCAUGUAUCGCUCUUACUGUUGAAGGCCAGAGGGACUGUGACCUGAGAGCCAGUGGACAUGCUGAGCCAUGUCCUUCCCCCAGACCUUGCUGCCAUCUCCAUAGAGGUUCAUUCCUCUUGAUUUGCGUUCAUAGAACCUGCUAAUUAUUUGGGGUGCAUUUAGGUUUAUGAUAACUUUUAUGGAGGAUUGUGGAGAUUUAAAUCUCUUUGCCCCUGGAAUUGGCGUUCCUUACAACUCUCUUGUUCCAAAGGGCCCAGUGUGUGCUGGAGAAAGACCUAGCAUGUGCAGGAAUGGGUUUCUCCUGUGGGUCUGGGUCACGGCCACAUUGCUUCCUUUGGGGUAGCCACAACCACCAUCAUUAGCCAUCCACAGACAGGGACAUGUCAGGCUGUGUGUGCAAGGUUCAGGACCAGACUGUGUAGACUUGGUGAGCAUAUCACUUGAAUAAGACCUGGCUUGUGAGCUCUACUUUUAAAAAAAAAUAUUUAGGGAUAAUUAUUUAUAGCAAGAAAGAAUUCUUUUACACCCUAGGGCUCUUUUAAGCUAUUUUCUUAGCAGAACAUUUAUAUGGCGAGCUGGGUGAAAUAGAAACUUCACAGAAGACUAUUAGUUCCUCUUCCAAGUGGAACAUAAAUAGGACAAGAUGAUAAAGCACCUCUGGAAUUACAAUUUUAACUCAGUUUUUAAAAAUUGAAAUCUUCAGGAACAUAGUGAAUGCAUAAAAUGAGUUACAUCCCUACCUUGGCAGUGAGCAGUGAAAUAAUCACGUUUGAUUUUUGUGAUGCUGUUUUAAAAAAUUACCUUGUGGUAGGAGAUUAAACUCAUUCUCUUUUUGAAAAUGGGUUUACUUUGGCUAGCACAUUCUGUAUUUACUAAAUCCUUAGGAAGAUUAAAUUCGAUGUUAUAAAGGUUGGUUUCUGCUAGGGAGUCCUUGAAUAAAUCUUAAUUUGGAUAAUGGUGCAGUUUUACUAAAAGUUGAGCACAGCUGCUUCUGAAACACUUGGACCAGACCUAGAGAGCACACCAUUGUCUGUAUUCUGACAUGGUUUGAAAUUAUUCCUUGUGGCUCAGUGCUGUCGUCUAGGUGAGAUUCGGGGCGGAACAUAUGGGUUGUAUUUUACAGGAGCCAGUGUCAUCCAGAAGGUCAAUUUUCUUUCUUUCUGGCCAGCCUAGAAUUACCCCCCACUCCCCACUCCCCACCAAACAGAAGAUUCGAGGUAGGAGAAUAGGAAGUGGGAGGCAAAGGAGGCAGUCUUAAACAAUUAUUUGUUGAAUUGUUAAAUUCUCUUAAUUGUACUUACAAAAGAGACUACCACGUUAAAAAAAAACAAAAACAAAAAACAAACAAAAAACAGAAUAAGGUCCAAGCCACUGCCACAGUAGCACAUAGUGACAUUUUUUUAGGUUGGAUUUUGAUGCUCAAGGUAGAAACCAGACUGAUCUCAGGUGUCGAAGCACCUUUCCAUGCCAAAUUCUGUGCUUCUCCAGACUGGUGUGUGUGCUUUGAACUCUCCUAGUGCCCACCGUGCACUUCCUAGCUAUUCCUGCAUGCUUCUUGAGGCUGCUUGCUUCCCUGCAUUUGGAUCUGGCCCAUGAGGGGGCUGUAAUACUUUUGGUAAUUUCUUCUUCGCUCAGAAUGCCAUAGGGGUGUGCUGGGAAUAGAGGUUAGACCAGCUUAGAGGGCCUCCUUGGUGCAAAGUUGUCUCUUAAAAUUGGGCCAUGUAGGCAGUUGAGAUAACAUGGUCUACAGUUGAAAGUUAUCCUUUGUAUUGUUUUGAAUAUUCUAGGGUCCUUUCCCCCUGGCAGAAAGGAGUGUUUUUUAAAUUGUUUUUAAAAAUUUAAAUUCAAUUUGCCAACACAUACUAUAACACCCAGUGCUCGUCCCAUCAAGUGUCCUCCUUAGUGCCCGUCACCCAGUUAUCCCAUACCCCCACCCACCUCCCCUUCCACAACCCUUUUUGUUUCCCAGAGUUAGGUGUCUCUCAUGGUUUGUUGCAGAUGAUAGGAAUGUUUUGAAUCUCUGUGCCCAUCUGUUCCAAAUAUGUCCACUAAAGCUGACACCAGUGUGUUGUCAGUCUGCUGUCUUUAUAUCAAUAUCCAUUUUAAAGAUGAAUCAUUUCUCCUUAACAGUGCUUUCUUUUAAAUGUCUUUUUUGGGGGUAUCCAUACCCCAUUCAAAAUGAUCUUUGGACAACCUAAAAUUCUGCCCUAGUGAAGCAAGGAUUUUGUUUUUUUUCAAGAUCAGUUUUUUUAAAAGGAAUUAACUAGGGGAAAUAGGACUUGACAGCUGUAAACAGGAAUUCAUUUGAGUAUUGGAGGGGAAAAAACCCCACCCAACUACAUUUUAUGUAUUAUGGAAAAGUGAUCCUUAGCUUUGCCUCAGACUCCUGUGGCAAGAGUCCUUUCCUUUAUUUUGAUCUGCAAGUUAUUGUUUAAUGUGAGAAACUUAUUUGUGAGAGAUGCGUGACAUUUGGGCUUAUGUCCAAAAACAUGAGUGUCUCAUACGGGGUCAUGUGGACAAAUCUUAAUGAAAUAAUUAACGUGAAAUAUUCUUAACAUAGAGAACAUUAGAACAGGGUGUUCACUUAGAUUCUUGGGAGGAAGCUGACAGUCCCUAAAGAGGACCUGCAUGGGUGAGCAAGGGGCUGCAGUGAGUUUUCACACCUUGUCCUGACAGCCCCUCCUCCCCACAGUUCCUCUGUAUGGCCUUAGGCCUGUCACAUGCAUACUGUCCACUGGGACCAACUUCAGAGGAUUCAACCCCAAAAUCAUUUUGAAGAGAUUUUUCUUAAAAAAUUGAGGGGGAACAGAAGAGUAAGUCAGCCUAAUAACAAGUCUGGAGGGUCUUAACUGUAUUUGAAAAAAAAAAUGCAAAAUCUACCCACGCUCUGCAGUCAGAUAGUCUUUACUUGGAUUGUUUCAUCUGCCAACUUGGUCGGAAGGGUAAUUAUUCUAGAUUUUAGAAAAAAGAGAUCAGUUACCAAUUCUUGGCAGAGUAACUUAUAUAUUCGUAUAUAUAUAAGCUAGGUGGGAGCAACUCUAGAAUUUUCCAGCAUGUGGAAACAGCUUGGUUGUUAUUUAAAUCUGCUAAUGAGCUUGCCUGUGUUAGAGACACCUUUUCAAAUUCAAGGUGAAUCUUCAGCGUCUAGGUCUAUUUUGAAAUGAAAUUUUUUUAUUAAAUAAGAUUUGACACAGUUCUUUAAGCUGCUAAAAACCUUUUAGAAAACAUAAUAAAGACUGCAUGAAGGAAAUGAUAAAAAUACAUCAUUUAGCACCUUAAAAUAAUAUCUGUGGAACACUUACUGUGUGCCAGACACAGUUCUCAAUGCCUCAUACUUUCACACUUAAUAAUAAUUAGCGUGAUCCUAAGUUUCUGGUUGUGGAAACUAGAGAGUAUAAGCAGAUUUGCCCAGGGUCACACAGGGAAGCAAGUGACAGAGCUGAACACAGGCAGAGGUCCAAUGCUGAACGUAAUCAUGCAGUUUAAAACAAAACACUAAGAAAGAUAUUCAUAGGUUGCAUUCAUCAAUUGCAAUCUGACAUGCAUGGCCACUCUGGUUUAAGUGGGGCCCUCCCAAUUUGCACAACACUCUGUAGGUAGAUACAGGGACAGCUUGCAAACCUGACACAGAAGUUCAAUCUCAUCUUGUACACAUGUGUAAAUUACAGCCCAGAGGGCUUGACCUGCUCAAGGUCAUAAAACUACUUAUGGCCAAACUUGGACAUGAAUUUAAGUCUUCUGCUGCCUGGCCACCACUGUUCCCGCUGCAGGACUUGCCUCCCUAAGUCUGCUGCUUGAGUUGAAUCUCCAUGCAUAACAGAUAUUAAAGUUCUGGUUGCCUUCUACUGUUCCUGCAGAUCUUACCUUUUCAGCUUAGAUGGGGGUCUGCAUGAAAUGUUACAGAACAGGUGGAAAAAACAAUGAGUUCUAUCGUUCCUGUCCUCCCACCUGGGCUCAUAAGCUAGUGAGUGGUACUCCUGUCACCUCCUUCUAUCUGCUGUUGCUUUUCCUAAAUGCACUGGAGUACUUUCGUUGGAAAUUCACCCAUGUAAAAGUCUCAUGCCUUUUAGGUACUGAUGCUUCCCUGUGGAGUUUGGUAUACAAUAGUGUGAAACACAUGCCAUUUAUUCUUAUAUAGCUCUCAAAGUUGCUGGAAUCUCAGCUCCAGUGGCAGCUCUCAGAUGUGAUUGUCUCUGCGAUAUGUGAUCUUAUAACUUUUCUGUUGUUUUGGAGUCAAGGAUCCGCACCCCCCUCCUUGAGUUCUGAGGAUCCUAUUCACUUGUCAGGUCAGUGGUUGUCAGGUGCUGGAGGGUUUCCUUUAUGGGAAGGGGAAAGGUUUGCUAACACUAGCCUGGAGCAGCUCCUAACUGCACAGUCUACACUGCGGUGUUUGCUCUUCUGUGUUGGGUGUCUAAAUGCCACGACUCUUCGUUGUGUAACUUGAUUAUUGGGUGGUCCCGUGUACCUCAGAGCCUGCUAGUGGCUAUACUUUGUUUUUUCAGGUGAAUGCUUUGUACUAUGAAGCAGGCUUUGACAUUUCAGCCUUUUUACAAAUAAAUAUUUGCUGUUGUGUGAAAGCAGAUUUUUGAGGUCUGCUUUCCAUUCCUCCAGGUACUGCUUUUCCUCUGCUGUGUCCCCUUAAUAUUUAUGGAACUGUUGUGAAAAGUUUAAUGUGACAUAAGCUAAAUAAAGUGUUUUU